ACCUGAAGGCGGGAUUACGACUUAAGCCACGUUUUGACACCACGUAUUUUCUUGAGGUCUGUACAUUGGUAUGCAUAACAAGUGUUCAUCUCCCAUAAAAUAAUUCUUUCCGCUCAGAGCAUGUGCCACUCAAAUGUGUCGAAAUCAAGAAAUGCACACAGUACUGUUAAAGUUUAUGUGCUCAUGUUUUUAAAUGCCACUAAAAUUUGUGGUAGUUUUGUAUUAGAUUUCUGAAUAAUUUACCGGGCUUAAUUUCAUAUUGUCUGCUUAUUAAAUAUACGGGAUUUCAUACUCUGUCAAACCUGAGUGGUCUAGUAUUAUGAAAUAUAAGUCGUGAUUUUCCUCCUAGGCGAUGGUAACUAUGAUUCCUAAGAAUUCAGUGAAUGUAGACAUUAUUUUUUAUGCAAACAGAUUGCCUUGUCAAUUGCUAACUUGAAACCAUAAGUUGUCGGCAUCUUAACGAUCGUAAUAAGUGAUAGUGACGUGAAAACAAAUUGAAUUAUUAUCAAUUAUUUAGAACAGCUAGUCGAACCAUAACGACAAUUUUAAAAAAAUGUGAUCGUUGGGGGAGGUUAGAAAAUCAUACUACGAGGUAGAUCAAGCAAGUAAUCAAUGUAAUGUAUAUUCUAGUUGAGCUAUAGUACACGUUUGAAAUCCCAUUGUCUGGAUGAUCUUUAGGACUGCAGCGGGUGUAUUACGCCAAAACUGAUAUAGGUAGUGUGUUCAAGAUCUUAACAGUUAACACAUCUCAAAAGUAGCAAAACUACUGGUGUUGUCACGUAUCCGAAUACAUAUGUUCGCACUGCACUUUGCCAAUGUUAAAACAAUUUCAAACCGAGACUACCAGAUUACCUUGUGUGCAAAAACUAUAUCAAAGAUUGUAUGUUUUAUUUGAAAAUGAAACUCAGAAUUUGUAUAUUUAAUUUUACACCUCACGUUGUAUAAAUACUAGCUUUGGUACCUGGCUUACGAAACCAUUUAUGUAAAAUGGAUUUAAAGCUUGGAUCUCAGUAAUUAGAAUCCUGACGACCUGACCACUAAUUCACUACUCUAAGUGAUUUCAAGGAUAGUAACCAGUCUUUGAAUGGGAUUCUUGAGUGAGCGUUGGUAUUCUAACUGAAUGAUUUGCGAUCUACUUUGAUGCGCCCAGUUUGUACAACAAGCUCAAGAAAGCAUCUAUUUAGAGUGCAGGUUUCUGACCUUUGAACUUAAUGUAUUAAGUAGCACAGCUUGCAUAAUAAGACAGUUGUAACCGACUAAAAUUAUCUUCAGGAGAGUAGCAUCAUUCAUUUGAAACUCAGACUUCCGUUAUAAACAAAUAUGUCAUUUACUUCGGGACGAUUUUGACAAAUGGGUAGACAUUUUUCUUCUGUUAACACUACAGAAACGGAAACAUCUAAAACAAAUUAGCGUCUACUGUAAGGUUUAUGUAAGCUAAAACUUCUGCUUUUCGAAAUCCAGCGUAGGUAAGUUGGCUAAAAUGCUGUUAAAUUGGAAACAGCUAACUUCAAGUCUAGAGGUGAUUGUGUGCUACUCAUUGCAGCUAUAUGUAGUGAAAAACAGUGAGCAUCUCCACGAAAACUGUUCUCAUAGUAAACAGGAGUCAAAAAAUGAGUAAGAGAGUUUCUUACACUUCAUGGAUAACCGAUGUCAGUAACGUUUGCAACCCGAAGCCAACGCUGCGAAAAUUUUCGCUUUUGAAUAAUUGUUCCUUAAAGCCUAAAAACAGUCAUCUAGCCCGUUUUCCUGGUUGUCUGAAGGAAAUAACGAAUUGUGGUGUGAAUGAUUUAAUUAUCAGCCACCCACACGCUAUCAACUUUCAUCCUUGUCAUGUUGUAACCAAAUGUUUCACAGACUAUCUGUAAUAACAUAGCGACCCUCUGUGUGCUUAAAAUUGUUUGUUGUAAGAUCAUUUUAAGUUACAAAAAACAGUACACAAAACCUAAACCUUUCAAAGUGUCGGUUUCAAUACAGUAUCUCAUUUUCACCUUUUAGUUGUGUUAUCCGUUUAAAACUGAAGAAUAAUUUUCUAUAUUUCAGCUCCAAAAAUGGUUGUAUAUCAUGAUCGAAACCUAAUCAUCAACUACAUUCCAACAUCGAUUACAGAUGCUGAUUUGACCAACUUAUUUUCAUCUGUCGGUGCCAUUAAAACCUGCCGGAUAAUUCGAGACCGAAAUAGCGGGUCCAGCUUUGGCUUUGGGUUUUGUGAGUAUGAAGAUUCUGACUCUGCUCAUAAGGCUAUCACACGCUUUAAUGGUUACCGAAUCGCCGAUAAGAUUCUGAAAGUUUCACUAGCUAAGCUGCAAGGACGACUUUGCCAAAGCUCAAAUUUAUACGUUAAAAAUUUCCCACCUACACUCACCGAGCACGAUUUGACGGCAGAAUUUGGACAGUUUGGUCCUGUUGUUCAGUGUCGUAUAUUGCGUGAUCACGAUACGAAUGUUUCUAAAGGGAGUGCCUACGUACUGUUCGAGAAUCCUGCUGAUGCCGAAGCAGCUAAGCGUUCUCUAGAUGCACGUGCUUGGCCCGGAUCUACAGACAAUCAGAUGCUGUCUAUAAAGUUUGCCACUCCACCUUAUCGACAAUCGGUUAGUUUGACAAAAUCCAGAAACAACUUCAGAAGACCAUUUUUGCAUCAACAAAAUCUGCGAAACGGUCAGUUAUCUGCUCACUUAUCAUCUCAGUCAAAGCCUUCAGUUCCUGAAGUUUAUACACCUUCCUGUCCACAAUUACCUUACAUUCCUAACAAUUUAUGUACAGCAUUGGCCCACUCUGUCCAAGGGUCACUAUUGCAAUCUCCUGUUAUACAACCACAACUAAAUCCACAGGGUCUGUUAUGGAGUAAUGAUUACCCCAAUACUGAGUAUCAGAACCCUGCUUCUGCUUUAAAUGUAACUUCUGGUUACUUGGCCCCUUACUUCUAUUCACAACAACCUUAUCCAAAUCUUUGGCUACCUCUUCAACAGAACUAUCUUAACCAAAUCCCUUUGAAUACUUUAUGUACAAAUCAGUUGGAAAGUUAUGGAAAUUCAGUCCAAGGUUGUCCUAUAAUUACCAAUGUUCAAAAUACCUUUUAUCCUACCCUAAGUCAGCAACAAUCCAAUUUACCUACUAAAAUAUCUGAUGCAACUUGUAAGCAAUCAAACGACUUUUCUCAUUUCGGCCGACCCAAAUCCACUAAAAUUGACAAAAAUGAAUCUACAUCUGUAUACAUAUAUAAUAUUGGAAACAUGACUGAAGCACAAAUAUUUGUUCUGUUCUCACAGUUUGGACCAAUUUUAAAUGUUUCUAUACCGAAAGAUUACAAAACAAAUUCCUCUAGAAACUUCGGUUUCGUUACGUAUAGUAAUUUUCAGAGUGCUCAAAACUCGAUAGAUAUAAUGAACGGAUCACUUUUAUCUGGUAGGCGAUUACAGGUUUCAUUUCGUCAAAGUAAAGGAAAGUGGACUAAAUAUGGAAGUCUCAGUAGCAGUAAUACUUUAGAAAAACCUGCUUCGAAACAGAAAGGGGACAUCCCAGACUCUGGAUGCCACAGUCCACAGUUGUCAAUUUCAGAGACGAUCGAGGCAUUGGGGAAUUUAAAUAUAUCUAAUGGAAGCAACAUGGCCUCCUCUAAAGUCUAACAAGACUGCGUAAACUACACAUCAAAAAGUUAAUUUACCAGACUAUUUGUGCACGAACGUAUUUUUUUCUUGUGAAACAUUUACUUCAUUAAUUUCAAUACAUUUCCCAUAUAAAUGACACCAUGUACAUAUAUAUACAAUAUUAAUUUUACUGACUAUAAAUGUUUAUUAUUACAACGGAAU